UUUUGAGUGUUUUCUCCAUUCUUCAUUUUACUCUCAGGUCCUCACAGUUAACUUCUCUAUGCAUUAUGGAUGGAAACGCUAUUAGAUACACACUUCUCCUCGGGUUGUGUGUCCUCCCUCCAUGUUUUUCACAAGUGUAUCACGUUGUAAAUGAAAGAAAGAACUGGACUGAAGCCCAGAGGUACUGCAGGGAAAAAUACACAGACCUGGUCACCAUCAGCAGCACUGAAGACAUGGCCCUAGUGAAGGACAUACUCAAAAACGAAACUCAUGAAUUCUGGAUUGGGUUGUAUGGUGACGUUAAUAACUGGAAGUGGUCUCUGGAAAAGGAUGGAUUUUAUGAAAAAGAUCAGGCUGAAUUAAGACAGUGGAACUCAGGGGAACCAAACAGUGCUGACGAUCAUUUUCUGUGUGCUGAUAUACAACAACUAGCUGCAUGGUCUGACUACUGGUGCACUGGUAAUAGACCGUUUGUCUGCUACAGCGGUUCAUCUCCAAAAUACAUCUAUGUGACGACACCGAUGUCUUGGGACAAAGCUCAACUUUACUGCAGGAAAAACUACAUAGAUCUGGCCAGUGUGAGGAACACAUCCGAGAACAACGAAAUCAAUGUGCUUGUGGAAAACUACGCAUGGAUUGGCUUGUACAGAGAGUCUUGGAGGUGGUCAGACGGUCAGCGCAUGAAGAUGACUUCCUUCCGUAACUUUAAUACAAGUCAAUCAAUAAAAGUCCAGAGCUCCUGUGUGACUACAACAAACAGUAUGUGGAAUAUAAGACUCUGUUCCAGCACAUAUCCUUUCAUCUGUAAUGGACCUCCUAGGAAGAUGAGGGUUGUAAAGAUUAUGCUGUCCAAAUCCGAUUCCUCAUUGGACCUGGAAAAAGAGCAGGAUGCCAUCUUGCAGCAGCUGAACCUCAAACUGAAGGGCUAUGGCCUUGAAGACGUCAAACUGAAAUGGAUCAACCACUCUGACGGAAAGACGUUUCACUUGGAAAAGAAAGAAGACAAAAAAACAAAGGGUAACAACUAGAGGUGCACUGAUUGAGUUUUCUGGCCAAUCACAGAUCUAUUAAAACUCCUGACCUCCCGAUUCUGAUUCUGAUUUUGGCCGAUACCAAUUUUUUUUAUCUAAAAUGUUGCUAAAUGUAGCAAGAAAGUUGACGAGUUGCCAACAGUGAGAUGACUAUUGUUAACUGCAAACAUAUAGUCCUGAUCUGGUGGGCCGGUCUGCUGGUCAAAGCAGACCGGCCCAACAGAAGAUAACUGUUGAUUUAAAUGCCUUUGCUGAGGUUGAUAAAAUUGGUAGCUAAGAUCGGCUUCACAUGUAAAAAUUGGCCAAUCACAGAUUUCCCAAGAUUAGGGAAAUUGGCACUAAUAAAUCGGAUGGCCAAUAAAUUGGUAAAACUAGUAAAACUGUGAGACGGAGUAAAACUUUGUUCUCUGAAAAAGAUGGCAGAGCAGUUUUUGAUUUGCUUAAACAUAAUUCUCCUGACUGAUAUUCACUUUUAACGUUGUAGCUGCAGAUCAUAAGCAGAGGUGGUCUAACAGUAUCUCAUGCUCCAACUUCAAAAUAAUUAAAUUUCUCCUGAUCUUUCUUGUCUUUGAUUUUGCAUUCUGAUCUUUCUGUAAAGUUUGUUGAGUUGAUGUUUGUAUGAAUUCUGCCUUAAUGAGCCAGGUUUGGUUGAUUAUUAUUACCUUGUGUUGCAUUUUUUGGCAUCUCUGUCAUGGGUUGGCUAUUAAAAGGAACCAAAUUCAGGAAGAAGGCUAUCCAUCCAUCCACCAUCCAUCCUGAAAACCCGCCUGGUGGCCAGCUUUCAGUCCACAGAGGAAUCAUUGGUCACCCUUCCCAUGCUCUCACUGCAUGUGGGAGGGGCCUAAACGACCAGGUGUCAUGUGAAGUUGUGAUUAAGUUGUGUCCCAGAUAUUUUGUCAAAGUAAAAUAUUCAAACUCCAAAAGAAAACCCAACUUUGAUACUGGUGUUCCAACUGAAUGGUGGAAGGGAGUGAACACCAAGGCAGUGGCGCAAAAAGUGGGUAUGCAGCGCAUGCAACGCAUAGGGGCGCAGCACCA